GAUAUCCGGCGUGAAACAAAUCCAAGGGAAUGCGUAUCUGGGAGAAGGGUGAGCCGAGCGGCUCCACGUUUUUGUUCGAGCGGCCUUGUUUUCGGUGUGUCGGCAAUUUAUCGUGAAACGCAGAGGCCGGGGCAACAGCGGACAACAACAUCGGGCGACGACUUUAUGCCGGUAACCGGAGCCGGAAACCAGAACGCCAAGGAAGGCGCAACAGGGAGCUAAGAGCACUUCCGUUUCUCCCAACCGAGGCCAGCCAACCGUACUUUUAUCACCAUGCUGCCUGCCAACGUGGUAUCCUUCGUCAAAAAGAUGGUGACGACGCAGCCAGAUUCGGGGACAACCGGAUCGGUUACGCCGGACGAAGGCGGCACCACGUUCAGCAAAUGGAGGCAAUUGGGAAGCGGCGUGAUACGGGACGUGACGAAAUUCGGUCCCGCUAAAGUGACGCCGGUCGAGGAGACUCAGCCUAAAGAAGAAACGACGACGGAAUCGACGAAAACCAAGUCGAAAACCGGGGACGAUUGCAGGGUGUGCCGGAAGUCGUUCGCCCCCGAAGAAGCCUCGAGAAUCUGCUGCGAGUGUCAACACAAAGUUUGCGAGGACUGUGCUUGCUACUCGACGACAACGAAUUCCGACGAUCCGUCGUCUUGGAGGUGCAGCGUGUGCCGGCGGAAGCUCGCGUCCCGGGACCAACCGAUCGUGACCCAGGAAUCGACCGAUUCCUUGCUCGAGGUUCCGGUGCUUGAAGCUCUUCAAAGGAGGCACAGCGACGCGAGACUCGGCUGCCAGAGCGGAAGCCAAAUCGGUGGCCUCGGCUCCGGAUUGGCGCCACCCAGAAGCCCCGAGCUCAGAAGACACUCGGACGUGUCGCCGGCCAGUUUGAAGAGCUCGAAAAGCAAGCCCAGGGAGAAGAAUCUCAUUUCAUUGGAAACGAGUGCGGAAACGAAAGAAAGUGGGAUGAAAUUGAAAUCAGGCCAGGCGGGGAGCCGAGUUACGGAAAAUCCGGAAAUCGGAGAGGGGGCGGAUGUGCCGUUGGACGGGGACGAGGAGGACGAGCGUCGAAGGCACGUGAGGCGGAGCGGGACGGUUCGAAAGUCUCGUAUGACCAGGCAAAGGUCGUACGACGACGAGAUGAAGAACGUGGCGGCUAUGUCCGGCGGAGGUGGAGCGCAGCACGCGCAUCCGGAGCCGGGGCUGGGGCUUCCGGUGCAGCUGCCUAGGCGGGCAUCAGCCUACGACGUGUACGCGACGCCUGGCGCGGGCGGCCUCAACGCCAUGGCCAUCGCGGCUGCCCAGCAAAGAGCAUCGAUCUCCGCCCAAGGAGGAAGGAAACCCCCGGAAGAAAGGCCGGCCACUCGCAGAUUGUCGUUCCGGGUUGUGAAGCCGUACGAGGUCGGGGCCGAGGAUGAAAGUAUGAUGAAUUUGGAGGCGUCCUCUGUGCCGGUCGUUUCGCCAAAGGUCGUUCCCCCGCCGGUUUUGGGCCCUGACGAGGAGCGCCGCACCAGACGAAGGGGCUCUCAACUGCCGGAUAUAAACGCCAUAAAGGGAUUGGCAUCUUCGGGCUCCUCGGCCGCGACAAAAGUCGCCCCUCCAUCGGCUGUGAACAGGGUCGCCGCCGAGGAUCGUGAGCUGGCACGACAAGGAAGCCUCGUCGACGGGGAAAGUAUCAAGAUCGUUAUCCAUCACGCGGACAAUGACAUGACGCCCUGGGUGAACGCGAAGAGGAGAAUAAAACUGAGAAGAGACCCGAGUUUGGACAAAGGGCAUAGAACCGCUGGUUUCGGUCUAAGGGUGGUUGGCGGUAAAACAGGGACCGAUGGACGUACGUUUGCAUACGUGAUGUGGACCCUGCCCGAUGGGCCAGCGGCAAAAGUUGGUAUACAGCGAGGCGACAAGGUGUUAGAGUGGAAUGGAGUGUCUCUGGUGGAUCGAAGCUUCGAGGAAGUGGUUCAAAUAACAGAGCGGAACGACGAUGUGGUCGAUCUGGUGGUCGAGCACGUUGCCGACACCGGGGACCUGCCGGAGGAUUUAGCCGCGGUGCCAUCUGGAAAAGUGCCGGGGAAUCUGGGACUGCUGAUGGAAGGGGAAACGGAUAAAACGCCUUCAUCACCGACGCGCAGGAAACUGCCAAAGACGCCGGAGCAGAUAGCGAAGGAGAAGCAGGUGACCGGCCGGAUACAGAUACAAGUUUCGUACGAGGCGGAUCGCAAGGAGCUGAUAGUCUCCGUUUUCAUGGCAGACGACUUGUGCGCAAGGGAGGACACGGGAUACGGCACGUUACCGGAAGCGUAUGCCAAAUUGGCCCUGGUUCCGAUCGGCGCUGAUCAAAUUACAUUGAAAACCGUGGUCGCGGAGCCAAGUCAAAAGCCAAUUUGGAAUGCGACAUUGCUUUUCUCCGGGGUUGACGGGGAGAGUUUGAUGAAGCGGGCAAUCGAGGUGACCCUCUGGGAUUUCUGCCCCGACGGCGACAACGUUUUUCUCGGCGAAUGCACCGUUGAUUUGGAACGGGCCCUCGAAAACGACAGAGCAGUUUGGUAUCGACUGGAAGACCCGCGUGGGCUUCGCGCGUGCAAAUCGCCCUACUGUUCCCCCCGAGGCUCCCUCUCCAUGGAAAUUGCCCAAAGGUUGCUGCGGAAGACGGAGCUGCGCGAAAGAAGUUACAGCGACGACACGCAAAGCGACAGCGGAAGCCCGGAGCUCUGUUUCCUCCACCCGGAUCACGCCUGGCAUGCAAAUUCGAGAAGGGGAUCCAGCCAAUCCGAGCAGCUAGAAGUCGAACCGUACGAACUUAACAGGGAUUACAGUAGAUCCUUGCCGGGCAGCCGAAGGAGCAGCUUCCAGAGCCAAGGUGGCACUGACAGUAAACGCGGAAGUAUGGGGGAGACCGAGAUGCCGACGAUACACUUCAACCGAGAUCGGCGACGGAGCUCGUUCACCAGGCCAAUGAGGGAUCCGGAGGAGAUUCUGGAGGGUCUACGAUCGCUGAAAGCGGCCAAGAGGGAGCUUGGCAGGACGAUGAGUCUCUCGGGAGACAAAAGACGCGAGAGCCGGCGGGGUGAGCGCAAAGACAGCGUCAUGAAUAUUCCGGAGAGGUUUUACGAUCGCAACAGUGAAUCGGACGAGGAAGAAAAGUGGAGUCAGCCAACGAGAAAUGAAAAUGGCGUUAACGCGAAGCUGGGUCGCGGACAGGUGCCACCAAAGGGAUUCAAGAUAACAGCUGGAGGUCAAAGUGGCGAGGUGAAACUGGGUCUCUGCCUGAGCAAAGGAACGCUUGAAGUCGAAGUUAUAUGCGCUCGAGACAUUUGUCCCGGUGAAAAAGAAGAGCCAGACACAUACGUGAAAACGUAUCUCCGAGACGGCGACAGAUGGCUGCAAAAGCGGAAAACGCGGGUGGUGCGACACUCGAGGAACCCGCAAUACCGUCAGACCAUCAAGUACAGCAGCUGCGACGCCCUUGGAAGAAAUCUACUGGUGAUGCUGUGGGAGAAGAAGCAGGCGUUCGAGAGCAACCAAGGGCUAGGCGGGGCCGAGGUGAGCCUCGACCUUCUUCCACUGGCGCAGCUGACCGUCGAUUGGUAUCCCUUGUUCCCGAUUCACACCCUCGGCACCCAUACCGCGGACUCCCCAUGAUGGCUGAGGGAAAAAUGGGCCCUCGAGGCGGGGGAACUCGAUCUGAGGCUGAGCCUCCUUCUCAA